AUGAGGCCAGGAUGUGUCGCAUACCUGUGCCUCGGCUUAGCGAUCGGCAUUGCGCAGGCGAUAAGGAAUGGCACUAGCUCCGAGCCGGUGACAUUGACGGUUGCGAGAGAGGGAGGGAAUAAGUCGAGCCCUUUGCUGUUUGGGGUGAUGUUUGAGGAAAUGGAUCAUUCCGGCGAUGGUGGUAUCCAUGGACAACUGCUCCAAAAUAACGGCUUCCAAGGCACAAGCCUGGGAAUGACUUCCUACGCACCGGUUGGAAAUACCGAGAUCUCUCAGGACACAUUAAACCCCGUGAGCGACGCGAUCACGUCUUCCCUUAAGGUCUCAGUGCCGGACAACGCUACAGAAUACGUUGGCUUUGCAAACACCGGAUACAUGGGGAUCCCGGUCAUGAAUCACACGUAUAAAAGUUCAUUUUGGAUGAAUGGAAAAUAUUCGGGGACUAUCAACUUGAAACUCAUCGGAUCUCAGAGUGGUAUUGUGUAUGCCGACCACAACCUCACUGUUGAGAGCACCGACUCGGCGUUCAAGCAAUUUAAAACGUCAUUCAACUCCAGUGCAUCUCCGAAUGGGGAUAAUGAGUGGCAUUUGACUUUGGAUGGGUCCAAAGCGGCCGGUAGUUCAUUGAACUUUGGCUACAUACAGUUAUUCCCACCAACGUAUCAGGACCGAGAGAACGGAUUACGAGAUGAUUUGGCGACAGUUCUUUCGCGCGUUAAUUCCACCUUUCUUCGGUUCCCCGGCGGAAAUAAUAUCGAGGGCUUGGAGAUCGACACAAGAUGGAAGUGGAACACUACAAUUGGGCCUCUAGUCGACCGGCCCGGCCGAGAAAGUGACUGGUUCUACCCAAACACGGAUGCGCUUGGCCUGGAUGAGUACCUGUGGUGGUGCGAAGAUAUGAAGAUGGCACCACUCCUGGCAGUCUGGGCUGGAAAAUCCUACGGCGGCAUUGUGUCUGGGUCUGAUCUUGAUCCCUUUGUUGAGGACAUCAUGAACGAGAUGGAAUAUCUUUUUGGAAGUGAGGAGACCCAAUACGGGAAGAUGCGUGUUCAGAAUGGUCGCAAAGAGCCUUGGAAAAUCGACUAUGUGGAAAUUGGCAAUGAAGAUGAUCUCACCGGUGGAUGUGACACUUAUCCGGAUCGUUUCACCCAGAUCUACAAUGCGAUACACGACAAGUACCCAAACAUCGCGCUCGUUGCUUCUAAUGGCAACUACUCGUGUCUGCCGCCGGCACUUCCAGAGAAUGUCAUAAUCGAUCUGCAUUUAUAUCGUCAGCCGGACGACUUCGUCGCUCUGUUCAAUCAAUUCGACAAUCAGCCCCGGAACCAGUCAGUCAUGGUCGGUGAAUACGGGUGUCGGAAUACAUCGAGUGCUCUCGGUGACUACUGGUCCUUCAUGCAGGGCAGCUGCAGCGAAGCUGUCUAUAUGAUUGGCAUGGAACGAAACAGCGAUAUCGUGCAAAUGGCAGCUUAUGCGCCGCUAUUGGAGCAUUUUGGAUUCAUAUCGUGGUCGCCCACCAUGUACGGCUUCAACUCAAGUCCCGAGUCAAUCACCCCCUCAACGUCCUACUACGUGCAAAAAAUGUUCUCAUCCAACAAGGGCAACACAGUUCUUCCAGUGAACUCAACAGCAGACUUUGGUCCGCUUUACUGGGUGGCUACGAAGACAGAUUCGAAGUACUACGUGAAGCUCGCAAACUACGCAUCUGAUGAGCAGAAUGUCACUGUCAGCAUUCCGAAGACUGAGUCAGGGAGAUUGGAGAUGCUGUCUGGCUCCCAAAAUGAAGGAAACCAACCUUACAAUGUGACAGUGUUGCCGGUGACCACGAAGUUGAAGGGCGAUCAUGGGAAUUAUUCGGUUACUAUGGCACCUUGGGCUGUUGCAGUCUUGGUGGCGAUGUGA